AUGAGUGUAGUUAACUCAGUGUUGGGAUCAAUUUUGAUGCUUGACUCGAAGCUUAAUAGGAGAUCGUCUAAAGAUGACGACGAUUGUGAAAAUGAUUCUCUGGGAUCUUGUCAAAAACCAGUGAAUGAUGAUAGUUUGACAAUUGGGCUUGCGAUCGGUAUACCCGUGUUCGUUAUUCUUUGCGUUUUGUCGUUUUUUCUUCUCAGAAAUUACCGUAAGGGUAAGAAGGAGUCUAUGGAACACGAUCCAGAUUUUGAUGAAACGGGAGAAGCCACAGUGUUGCCAGACUUCCCUAAUCAAAAGCAAUAUAUGGAAGAUCCAUUUCACAACAGGAACUCUGUCAGAUAUCCUGGUCAGAACCACAUGGCCAAGGAGUCUACAACUUCGUUGACGCAGACUGUUCAAGCCGAUCCAUAUUUGGAUAAUUUUGUCUUGCCUUAUCAACAUCAAACUGGGUCAAAAGUGUCUUUAAAUGAGUAUGCUAAACAAUUAGGAGAACACCAGCCAUACGGCCAUACUCCAAGAGCAUCCACGUACAUAAACAGGACGAGAAAUUCCAGUUUUAGCAAUGUUAAUGGAUCGCUUGGAGGUGAGCAUUCUAUUUCGCCUCAAAAAUCCAAAUUAAAACCUGAAGUGUCUAACCAGCGUGACAGAAGUCCUCUUAGAUCUAUGGGUAAGCCUACGAGCAACGAAUAUACCAAUAUUCCUAAUGAAUCAACGGCAGAAUUCCAAGAUGCUCAUGAUGAUACAAUCGAGGAUAAUACUUCAGACUUAGAAUCUGCAAGCAACUCUGAAAGUUCAGUUGUGAGUGGUACAGGUGGGGAAAAGUUCGCUGUUAAUUAUGAAAAUGAAUCUGAAUUGGCAUUAAAUGAACCUAUAAAUCCCCAAAAUCAUUCUAAAUUUAUUCCUACAAAUACAGGACAAUCUUUUGAUUCUACAAGCGAGGAAGCUGAUGUAUAUACCGCCAAAUCUGAUGCAUCUGUCUCAUCCCUUGAUAGAGAUAUUGACAAUAGGGACGAUACUGUGGAUGCUACGGUUGAUGAGACAGUUGAUGGUACUACAGUUGAAGAUGACCAUGAUGAAACCAACGAGGAAAUUGAUAUUGUUAGCGAUGGUGAACCCAACGGUGUAGAAGAAGUGAUUUCCAGGGAAGCAGUACAAUCCCCAUUCGAAGAUAAUGCCAAAGAAUUGUCUAUAAAUGAUAAUGAAAGAAAUAACGUAGAUACAGACGUUUCCCAAGAAACCACUAGUCCUGAACUCGAUGAAUUAAGAAACAGUGCAAAUACAACAGCUACAACUGUCGGCAACCUUGAUAUUCCAUCAGGUCCACCAGUGAGAAGUAAGUCGCCUAGAAUAUCUGCAUUUAAUUUAUUGAAGAACGAUAGCGACGAUGAAAAUGAAAUUGAUGAUCAAGAGAAGUUUUUAUCGCCUGAAGAAGAAGAGGAGUUGAGAAGGAUGAAGUCAGUGUAUAAAGUCUAUUUUGAUCGUGAAAAAUCUCAAAAUAGUAAAUUUGGCGAUGCUAGAACUCAUGAAUUUACACCAGACCCAGAUUAUCCUUUGGGUGAUUUACCACACAAGAUAGAUUAUUUAAGGAUCAACAAAGAUUUGAAAACGGAUACAAAUUACGAUAAGAGAUUGACUACCACAUCCUCAAUUUACAGUGAAACCCCAAUUUUCUCAAGUGAAGAACAACAAUUCUAUCAUAAUCAACAAGAAUUUGUUAGUAACCCUAAUAUUAUAUACCAAGCCCAACCUCAGCAAUAUCAACCACCACCACGCGACUUGCCUCCAUUACAACAAUUGCCUCCACCUUCAGAUAUUCGUAAAUCUACCAUUCAAACAUAUACUGAUUAUCGUCCAAGGACCAAGAACCAAGCAGUGCAAAAUGGUAAACAACCAUUUGUUCCAAUUGAAAACGAUCAGGUUUGGACAUCACCAAUUGCAUCACCUUCUAUGCAAUCUCAAUCAUCAUUUGGUCAAUCACAACAAUCUUUGUCUACUAUGAAUAGUAACUUUGCUACUGCACAUACUGUUCCAUCUGCAACGCAAUUAUCAAGAUCUUCAGUUGUUAUGUUAAAUCCAGUUACUGAAAUCACUAAACAAAGAAAAUUCAGACCUGCAGGCUCAUUGCCAUCAGGCUCACACGCUACUUCAUUAACUAAUGGAUCUAUUCAAAACCAGCAAUUCUUAAAUGCUAAUAAUGGGAUUAACAACUCUGAAAGUGAAUUAAUUCCUGGCAAUAGAAAGAGUGCAGUUAGAAGAAUGAUGAAUACUAAUUUUUAA